AUGGACACAGUGCUGGACGUGGACGCGCUGGCCCAUGGUCUGGCGAACCUGUCCAUGUUCCCCUACUUUGACAUUGCGCACUACAUCGUGUCUGUGAUGUCGCUGAGGGAGCAACCAGGGGCCCUGGAGGUGUCCCGCCUGAGUCCCCUGGCCUGCUGGUUCAGCUCCAUGCUCUUCUGUUUCGGGGGCGCGGUCCUGUCGGGCGUCAUGCUGGCGGAGCCUCCUGUGGCGCCGCUCUCUAACGGCACCGGGGUCCUGCUCGCCACGCUCAUCUGGUACCUGGUGUUUUACUGCCCUGGGGACCUGUUAUACUGCUGCACCGCCUUACUGCCCCUGAGACUGGUGCUGUCCGGGAUGAAGGAGGUGACCAGGACGUGGAAGGUUCUGGGAGGAGUGACCCAGGCCCACAGCAAGUACAAGGACAGUCUGCUGGUGAUGAUCGCCAUCGGCUGGGCCAGAGGAGCAGGAGGAGGUCUGAUCAGUAACUUUGAACAACUGGUGCGAGGCGUGUGGCGCCCGGAGACCAACGAGCUCCUGAAGAUGACCUAUCCCACAAAGAUCACGCUGAUUGGAGCGGUUCUGUUCGCGCUGCAGCAGACGCAGUAUUUCCCGGUUCAGAAGCACCACCUGAUGCUCGUCUACACCGUCUUCCUCGUCGCCAACAAGUCCCGGAUGAUGCUGACCGGCUCCUCUGCCUCGCCCUUCGCUCCCAUCGAGUCUGUGAUCUACAAGACCCUCUUCUUGGGCUCUCCUUACGCUGCUCUCACCGGGGGCCUCCAGGACUCCUGCAUGGGCCACGACGCCUCCACCUCCACCUCCACCUCCUCUACCUCUACCUCCUCCUCCAAGAACAGAGCAGCAGUGAAGAAGCGUCCUGCAGCCUCUUCAGACCAGGGGAAAAAUGGAUCCCUCCAAACCAGAGACCAGAACCAGGACCAGGACGCAGGAAGUAACAAGAAAUCUGAUUAG